AAAAUAAGCAGAUCCUAGUGCUGGGCCUGGAUGGAGCAGGAAAGACCAGUGUUCUCCACUCUCUAGCUUUAAACAGAGUCCAGCACAGUGAGGCACCCACUCAAGGUUUCAAUGCGGUGUGCAUCAACACUGAAGGCAGCCAGAUGGAGUUCCUGGAGAUUGGUGGCAGUGAACCUUUCCGUUCCUAUUGGGAUAUGUACCUGUCCAGGGGGUUGCUGCUGAUCUUUGUGGUGGAUUCAGCAGAUCAUGGCAGAUUACCUGAAGCCAAGAAGCAUCUUCAUCAACUGAUUGAAACAAACCCAAUCAUCCCUCUGGUUGUGUUUGCAAACAAGCAGGAUCUUGGAGCAGCCUAUCACAUUACAGAUAUCCAUGAAGCUUUGGCAUUAUCUGAGGUAGGAAAUGACAGGAAGAUGUUCUUGUUUGGAACCCAAGUGACUGAGAAUGGCUCAGAGAUACCCUCCACCAUGCAAGAUGCCAAAGACCUGAUUGCACACCUGGCUGCAGAUAUGCAGUGAUAAGACCUAGACCCCACUUUUCAGCUCAUAAUCCAAAUGUCAUCAGGGAGUGUUGAAAGGCAAGCUUGAAGCCAAAGGUUUCCACUUUCAAAUAAAAAAUAAGCCAUUUUUUUAUUUUCUCAA